CCCGCUCCCCGCUUUACCUGCUCCCCGGCAAUCUCACCCGCCGCGAUCCACUCCGAUGCCUCACUCAGCACUCUUCCAGCAGUGGCACGCCUCCCUCGAGGAGCAGGCUGCCCGGGCCUGCGCUGCCGCCGCCGCCCCUCCCGCCGCGGGCCCGUCCCAGGAGCGUCCUUCCAAAUUCUUCCAAGAGUGGCAUGCGGCGCUGGAGGAGCAGGGCCAGCUUGCUUCCCGCGCCGUCUAUGGCACGCACCAAACCGUCGAUGCGCCGGUUCCCGCUGCGGUGCCGACUCGCCAGCGAGAGAUCAAGCGGCUUUUUCGCGUCGUCGAGAAAGAACUAGCAGCCACCCCUUGCGUCGGCGUGACGCAUCCGCUCUACGCCGAAUGGAAGGAGCUGCAGCAGCAAUACGGGCAGCUCCAAGCGCAGUACCAUAAGAGCGUGCGCAUCUGUAGCACGUAUCUCAUACGCACUAUGCAUAUAUUCCAUCCGGAAGCAUUCACUGGACCGGAUGGUGUUCAGGCUAACACGGCCUUGACCGAAAUACUAAGGGUCGUACGCAUGAUGCAGGAGGACGCAAAGCGUGUCGAGUACCUCUUGUACGAUCUCCAGGACGAGAUCGAGGCGUUCCCUGCGAGGGUCAUGCAUGUCGCAAACGCCUCGGGCAGAGCUAAGCCUCGAGGUCUAUCCGGGUGGCUGAAGAAGCUCCGGGCGUCGUUGACUAGGCCUGUCAAGGCACUGCUCAAGGCCCUUGGACGGUGUUCUACCCGGCCUAAUGGCCACAUUCGACUCGGUAGCUCGGAGAAUGGUGAGUUGAGCGACACGAGCGGGCCUGUGAUCACCCAGCUGAUGGCCGUUUGCUAGUCGCUUCAUGCUCCGAGAAACA